AGUUGAAGAGAAAUUAGUUGGGCUUCAAACACUUUCACUCAUCAACAUCAUUCCUCCCCCGAUUCCUGCCAAACCUCAGCUGGGGUAAUUGCACUUAAGAAUGAACAUUGAAGACAAGCUGGGAGGAUUAUUUCUUAAAUGUGGUGGCAUAGACCAGAUGCAGUCAUCCAGGGCUAUGGUAGGGAUGGGUGCAGUAUCUGACCAGUCUGGAGUAUCGAGAGAACGGCAAGAGGCAGUGCUUCAAGAUCGGACUAUGCCGCACCAAGAAAUUCUUGCAACAGAUGAAGUGUUACAGGAAAGUGAACUUCGACAGCAAGAGAUGAUUUCACAUGAUGAACUCAUGGUCCAUGAGGAGACGGUAAAAAAUGAUGAUGAAAUGGAUGCGCAAGAUAGACUUCCUCAAGGGCUGCAGUAUGCUGUUAAUGUCCCUAUCAGUGUAAAGCAAGAAAUUACCUUUACUGAUGCAUCUGAACAACAGAAACGAGACAAAAAACAAAUACGAGAGCCAGUAGAUUUGCAGAAAAAGAAGAAAAGAAAACAGCGUUCACCAGCAAAAAUCCUUACAAUAAAUGAGGAUGGAUCACUUGGUCUGAAAACCCACAAAUCUCAUGUUUGUGAGCAUUGCAAUGCUGCCUUUAGAACCAACUACCAUUUACAGAGACAUGUCUUCAUUCAUACAGGUGAAAAACCAUUUCAGUGCAGUCAGUGCGACAUGCGUUUCAUACAGAAGUACCUGCUACAGAGGCAUGAGAAGAUUCAUACUGGUGAAAAGCCAUUUCGUUGUGAUGAAUGUGGUAUGAGGUUUAUUCAGAAGUAUCACAUGGAAAGGCACAAAAGAACUCACAGUGGAGAGAAGCCUUACCAGUGUGAAUAUUGUUUGCAGUAUUUCUCCAGGACUGAUCGUGUGCUGAAACACAAACGUAUGUGCCAUGAGAACCGCGAGAAGAAACCCAACAGAAGUGCCACCAAAGUUGGCUUCUUGCCAUCGGAGGAAGAUUCUGGUUUCUCCACGCCUCUGAAAGACAGCUCCUUGCCAAAGAAGAAAAGGCAGAAAACAGAGAAAACAAAAUCUGGGGAUAAGGAUAGUACAGAUAAAUCGGAACACAAGAAGGACAAAAAUGACUAUUUGCCUUUGUACACUUCUAGUACUAAAGUAAAAGAUGAAUACAUGGUAGCAGAAUAUGCUGUUGAGAUGCCACAUUCUUCGGUCGGCGGAUCGCACUUAGAGGAAGCAAAUUCUGGAGAAAUACACCCACCGAAGCUCGUUCUCAAAAAGGUCAACAAGAGGAGCCUAAAGCAGCCACUUGAGCAAAGUCAAACCAUUUCACCUUUAUCUACAUACGAAGACAGCAAGGUUUCAAAGUAUGCCUUCGACCUUGUGGAUAAGCAAAGUUUACUGGACUCUGAAGGUAAUGCUGACAUUGAUCAAGUCGACACAUUGCAGGAAGGGCCCAGUAAACCUGUACACAGCAGCACUAAUUAUGAUGAUGCAAUGCAGUUUUUAAAGAAAAAGAGGUAUCUACAAGCAGCUAGUAACAACAGUCGAGAAUAUGCCUUGAAUGUAAGUACCAUAGCAUCUCAACCUUCAGUAACGCAGGCAGCUGUGGCCAGUGUCAUCGAUGAGACCGCUACAGCCUCAAUACUAGACACACAGGCACUGAAUGUUGAAAUUAAAGGUAACCAUGACAAAAAUGUCAUUCCAGACGAGGUACUGCAGACUCUGUUAGAUCAUUAUUCACACAAGGCUAAUGGACAGCAUGAGAUCUCUUUCAGUGUGGCUGACACGGAAGUGACCUCCAGUAUAUCCAUCAAUUCUGCUGAAGUGUCUGAGGUGACCCAGUCUGAGACGGUUGGAACAAGCUCUCAAGCUUCCUCAUCGGAUAAAGCUAGUAUGUUACAAGAAUAUUCAAAGUUUUUACAACAAGCUUUGGACAGAACUAGCCAAAAUGAUGCCUAUUUGAACAACCCGAGCCUUAAUUUUGUGACUGAUAACCAGACUCUUACAACCCAGCCAGCAUUUCCUUCCAUGGAGAAGGUCUACACAUCUAUACCCGUCAAUAGCUUUCGGUCGGGAAUGAACUCUCCAUUAAGAACAACUCCAGACAAGUCUCACUUUGGACUAAUGGUUGGUGAUUCUCAGCACCCUUUUCCCUUUUCAGGUGAUGAGGCAAAUCAUUCUUCUUCCUCCUCUACCCAGGACUUCUUGGAUCAAGUAACUUCUCAGAAGAAAGCAGAGGCACAGUCUGUUCAUCAAGCAUAUCAAAUUAGCUCCUUUGAGCAGCCCUUUAGAGCUCAGUACCAUGGGGCAAGAGCUGGAAUAUCCUCUCAGUUUAGCACUGCCAAUGGACAGGUGAACCUUCGGGGACCAGGGACAAGUGCUGAUUUCCCAGAAUUUCCCUUGGUGAAUGUAAAUGAUAGAGCUGGGAUGACUUCUUCACCUGAUGCCACAGCGGGCCAGACUUUUGGCUAAGAAAUCUUUGUAAAUAAUACUGGCACUUUAGAACACAUUUGUCAAAAGGGGGUUGCUCUGUAUAAGAUGGAGUUCUGUACAGCUUUUAAGAGCGCUAUGUUAAAACAAAAGUAAGCUGAUAUUAGCAAGACCAAUAACUGCUUCUUUUUCUCUUUUUUCUUUUUUAAAAAAUUUUUUCAAUAGCCAUCAGUCAUUGAACUGCCUGAUGUUGGUGCCCCUAUCAAAGGCAGUUUAUUAUUCACUUGUUUGAAUCCAGAAAAUAUUUUACCUUCUUUGAAAUUUUAAAAUAAACAAAAUCCCCAGGUAAGACUUUCCCCCAUGAUUGUUUCCUUGCUGGUUUCCUUGUAUGCUUUGGGAGGACAAUUUAUUGUCUGAUACUAUUCACAUUGUCAUUUCUAAACUUGUCAGCAUAGUCGCUGCUCUUCAGCAGGGAAUCAACGUGUACUAGACACACAGAACAAACAAAUAAGUUUCAGAAGUCAAACAAAUGUGGCUUUAAAAGAAAGCAUUUUCUAGAAGAAUCUUCAGUCUCUCUCAAAAAUCAUUUUAGACCAUGUGCCCUUUAUUUCUGCUUUGCAUUACCUUGAAUUGUGUUUGGAGGGAAAGAAAGAGAAUUCUGAUAGACUAACUCUACUAUUUAAAAGUCUAAUUAAUUUAAAAUACUUUAAACACUUUUUUAAGCAAAAUGCCUAACUGCUAAAGCCUUUACUUCAUUCCCGAAGUAAUGUGUAUUUCUUUGUACAGCUGAAUCUAGAUGUAACUUUUUAAUGACUUUUUCAUAUGCAGAAACCAAGAUUUUGAAGUUUUAGUUAAAAUACUCUGUAGAUGACAUUCCCAACUGCAAAUUGCUUACACAAACAGUGUAUUCCAAGAUGUAAAAGCUUGAUUGUACCUUACCCUACAUACUCAUAAUGAUUAACAUAGAGCACUUAGCCAACUUUAUAAGUUUUGAUUUCUCAAAAAAUAAAACCAUUUUUAGAUGUUUAGGUUUGAUACGGUUGCAUCAUUUUCAUCUCAUACAGCAGCUCCAGUAAUUCUUUUCCAUUUACUUGAGAUUGGGUAUUUUUAGCUUCUGUAAAAACUGUUUUAAUUCUCUAUCUAGACUUUUGACAAUUCCAAUUGUUAAAUUUAUUGAAGUAUCCCUGAAAGCUGAAGAAGUGGGCAUUCAAAUUCCCUGUUUUUUAGUGUUUGCUUUGUAAAAAUCACUACAAUUUUACCAACCCAAACUGGUGAAUGACGGGAUUUCUUUUUCCAGCCUAGGAGAGUGAUCAGAAGUUUUCAUUGCAUUUCACAGUAUAAAUAAACUGCAAAGUUUAUCCCUGUACCAUGAAUAUAUUUUUUUGAAUAGUACUUUGUCUUGAAGUAUACAGUAUGGUACGAUAAGUAGUUCUGUGUGCAUUUUUAAGGUGGUAAGAUUUGAGUAGCCUAACUAUUGUGUAGUUUAAGUUAACAAGUUUCAGAUUUUUGAACUGUAUGUUCAUUCUAUUGCACCUUCCCUAAAGGGACACUGUCUGGUAGUUCAAGGCAGUUUAAGCCUCAUGUGGGCUGAUUAACCAGGGAAAAAUACACACACACACACACACACACACACACACGCAUAUAUAGUGUGUAUGGUGGUUUUUAAAAUAGGAUUUCAUCCAGGUUUUUACAGUACUGUUACUAGCUGGUGUCUCUCAGACAAAGCCAUCAGGUAGGAGAAAAGGCUGCAUCUCAAGGGGCUAAAAUAUAUCCUGUCUUUUAAGAAAAGACUUGAGCAGGACCUGGAACAGUUCCCACCUCUUACCAAAGCAGUAGCAAUAUUUUUCUGAAUUUUCAUUACCAGGAAACUGAUCCCACUUUGUCUUUUCCCUUAUGGUAGCACUACCAUAGCACUAACUUAACUUGGUACAGUUGAAGGAGAAAGGGCAUUUAUUAUCCAUAGCCUGCUUCUUCUGUUGGCAAGAAUACAGUUUAUAUAAACUAAUUUCUUAAUGCUUUUGUAUAAGAAAGCAGGCUUUUGAUUUUUGACCCUGUGUGUAAUACAGUAAGGCAUUUCAGCGUGCUAUGAUUUAGCAGUAAUUUUGUCUGAAUAUUUGGCCACGACUUGAAAAGAGUGGGCUUCGAGGGAGAAAAGUAAAUUCCUUAUGGAUUAUUAAUGAUAUGUGUAAAGAAAUUUCUUUGAAAGAAUAUUUUUAAACUGAUCUCUCUGUUUUUCUUCCUUUAUGGACAAUUUGGUUUUUUGACUUUCCAUUCUGUGUUGUACAGAAAUAACAUAAAGGAUCCCUAUAUCCCAGGAAACCACCUCUUGUAAGGCAUACUUUGUUUUCAGCGUUCAUUUCCAUGACAUCCUAGCUUGUGGUGCCUGAAUAAUACUGUGUUGGCACUUUUGUUCCUGAUGUUGCAAGGAGAUGGCAAUUGUACUGUUUGUUAAAUAUAGCAAGGAGCAAAAGUAAAAAAAAAAAAAAAAAGGCUGGGUUAUUACUGUGUUACUGCACUGCUGUGGGCCCAUAGGGAGGUAAGAGGAAUGAAGCCUCCUUCUCCCUAAGGAGACUGACUCAGCUUUAUUUAAAAAAGCUACUGCAUUGACACUCUGGUGUGAGAAUGCGAUGGAGGACUCAGAGGGAGUGGCUCUCCCGUGCCGUCGCCGCACUUGGGAAUCACUCCGAGUGUGUGCGAGGGAGCAGGCUGCUGUGCAGACUGAAGGAACUUGCUCUUCCCUGCAGCCAGACGGGGAGCACCAGAGGAACUGCUGUUCCUUACAUCACAGCUCGUUCCCAUUCCCUAGCCUGCUGCUGAGCCAUUCCAGCUGCACUCUGUGCCUUAGGACAGGCUGUGAGGUCCCGUCUAAGCCGCAGGGACUGUCUUGUAGGGUUCUUCCACGUGUACAAUUAAAGCAGUGGUGUGAGUAGUUAUCUGCUGAUGCUUGAAGCUUUCUGCACUGGAGGAGUUAGCCAAAUACACUGCUGUGAUUUCCUGAGUACAUCCCCUUUUAUCCUGGAAUAAGUGCUUGUGUAGUUCUGGGAGGUUUAGCUCUGUAAAAAUCACUUGCUGGUUUAAUAAUGGCAUUAUUUAAUAAUGUUUUUCACUGCUCACGUUUUGCUGCUUUUAAUCUGCUGCAGAUGCACACUCUUCAUGUCGAUCUGGUCAUUUUUGUUAGUUUGCUGUGUAUGUGUGGAACAAAGCAGCUUUGGUUGUCUAUUCUGUUCUUGUGCUGUCGGUAUAAGGCUGGGGUGAGCGUGGAGGUUCCCCUGAGCUAACAGCAGGCAUUCCUACCCAAAGGUCACGCGAGCACCGGAUCUGUGUGUGUGUGUAAGGUGGAAUUUUUGGGGAUAUCUACUAGUGAUAGCGCAAUGAUAAUUUUGGAAAUGAGGAAAUUGAUGACAUUGAUUACCAAGCUCUCGCUCUCUCUCUCCAUAUAUAUAUAUAUAUACACACAAAGUACAUAUAUAUAUAUAUAUAUAUAUAUAUAUACACACA